CGGUUUACGUUUAACCUCACCAUCAGGACAGAAGAUUUUAUUGUUUUUGUUAUUGUAGUUGAAGAAACAUGGAUAAGCGAGAGGUGCUUAAGUUCCUCAAUCAACUCGGAUACACAGGGAUUAGCGCUCAGGAUUUAAAAUUAUUUAUGCAAGAUUUAAAGAAAGUAAUGAAGUAUGAUAGAAGAAAGACUGAUGAUAGGACAUGCAACUCAGAUAGUUACGAAGAUUAUGAUGGCGAUAGUGAGAACGUGAGUCCGGGUUAUAGUCACAAUCGAACAGAGAGCUCGUGUCCGUCAGAGGAUAGCGAAAUUUUAGAGAAUUUGAGGUUGAGGAUUGCACCUCCGCAACGAAAUGUGUUCGAGGAUCUAUAUAGAACGGACACGGUUGCUUCAAAAGCGAGAAUUGUAGCACCUAAAAAGACUAUUUCACUAGAAAUUAAAAGGAACCCAAUGCCUGGAAUGGAAAACGCUUCAGUACAAGUCUCAUCUUCCCUUUCAUCAGUGGCAGUUCCCAGCACAGUGAGAACUUUCACCACUGAAGCAGUUACAUUCCCUUGUGAGAAACCACUGAGCCCAAAGAGGCCUACAACCAGCAGCUCUUUAAGACCAAAAUCAUCAUUUAUUAGGCCUAAAUUGGUAACAAAAGUACACAAAAAUGAUCCAGUGGCUUUGUAUCAGAAGUAUCAGACUGAAUGGAAGAAAUUGAAGAUACCUGGCGAGUCAAGUCAUUCAGAUUUAAGAUGGGCCAUCCGGGAGCAGCUCAUGGGAUAGAUUUAUUAAGUUUUCAACUAUUUAUUUAAAAAGAAACUAAGCAGCGAUAUAGACGCAGUAAUAAAAGACGACGGUUCAUAUAUGCAACCCAAAUAACGUAA